UUUUGCGAACUUGAUCUAUCAAAAAUCGAGAUCAGCUGAUGGGAACUGACUCACCACUUCCCGGACAAUAACCACGACGAGGUGAGAAAAGUCCAAGCUGGUUCUCCUUCUGUUUCUGCUGAGGCGGGUCGGACCGAGCUGCUGGAUCCGGAUUCAGGCUUUGAAUCCAUGAUGGCGAGUGUUUGAGCCUCCUCCUCCAAACAUAAAGCAGUCCAAAGAUGUUCCUCGGGGGGAGAGUCUCCUCUCAUGUCCUCCUGUCUCCUGCGCGGGAGACGGCGGCGCUGCAGGUCAACCCGGCCGCCGUCCCCGCCCUGGAGAUCAAACUGGGGGCGCUGGUGGUGCUGCUGUCCGUCACGCUGCUGUUUGGAUUCGGCCCGUUCUGCCUCGUCCGGGGGGCGGGCUCCUGCAGUGCUGAUCCAGAUGUGCGCCGCAGGCUGCUGAGUCUGAUCAGCUGCUUUGCCGGAGGAGUUUUCUUGGCCACCUGUCUGCUGGGCCUGCUGCCAGACUACCUGCAGGGCGUCAACCAGGCCUUCAGCCAGGCAGGAAUCACGCUCCAGUUCCCUCUGCCUGAGUUCAUCAUGGCCAUGGGCUUCUUUCUGGUCCUGGUCUUGGAGCAGAUCGUCCUGGCCUUCAAAGACCAAUCAGCCUCUCAUGCCGAGGAGCGUCGGGCUCUGCUGGUGGACUCUGGCAUCCAGGCAAGUGACAGGAACGGUCGUCAUCUGUCCCAUCGCCGUCAUGGGUCACAAGACUCUGAUGGCGGCCACUUCCACGUGGACUUUGGCUCCCAGUCAGCCCUGCGUGCCUUCAUCCUGGUCUUCUCACUGUCUCUGCACUCGGUGUUUGAGGGUUUGGCAGUGGGGCUGCUGGAGGAGGGGAAGGAGGUGCUGGAGAUCUGCCUGGCGCUGAUGAUCCACAAGAGCAUCAUCUCGUUCAGCCUGGCCUUUAAGCUGUCCCAGGGCCGACUGCGGCGCUCGGUGGUAGCCGGCUGCGUCCUGCUGUUCGCUGCCAUGUCCCCGCUGGGAAUCGGUGUGGGCAUGGCCCUCACCGAGACCAGGUCGUCCCCACAGCACCAGCUGGCCCGCUUCACGCUGGAGGGGCUCGCAACGGGAACCUUCAUCUACAUCACCUUCAUGGAGAUCCUGCCACACGAGCUCAGCUCCGCCAAAAAUCGCAUCCCCAAGGUGGCCAUGCUGCUGGUGGGCUUCGCUGUGGUCACCGCCGUGUUGUUCAUCAAGCUGUAACCAUGGAAACAGACAUUUGACAAUAAAGUCUGACACAAAACAGAGAGUUCACACAUUUGGGAGCCAGUGAACACGACAACAAACCUCAAACCAGAAGCUUCUUUUAGAAGAUAAUUUGUCCUUAAAACAUGUCGUUUCUGUGCUUCUGGACGGCACUCGUAGAUUCUACUCGGUGGUAUUCAUUUAAACUAUUAACGAGGUAUUUUAAAGGAAUACUUCAACUUAAAUCUAUGAUUUGAAUAUCAAACAGAAUUGUGUCCAACGUAUUUCACUCUUCAGUCGCUGAUCCGCGUGUUCGGUAUGUUCACGACUUCAGGACACCUUCUGUAUGUUCUCACGGGUUUGUCUGAGGCGCAUUGAGCUGCAGAGGUGCUUCAAGAAGUCAGGAGAACAUCUGACGCUCACAACACGUCUGAGCAAACGAGGCUUCACACAAAGAGGAGGUUUGGACUUCGUUUGCUCUGUAAUCUCACCAGAAGCUGCCAUCUUCUUCUGCUUCCUCUUCAGAAAGUCACCUCAGACUGACCAGCAAAGUCUUGUCAAGGCAAUGCUUAUUCUGAUUGUCACUUAAUCAGAAGAUUAUUUUCUUGAUUAUUCCAUUGGUUUGGUCAGCCUGAGAUGAUGUCCUCAAAGACAUUGGGUUUACUGUCACAGAGGAGUGGAGAAAGAAGCUGGAAUUACUUAAACCGAUUAAUUGAAUGUCGAUUAGUUUAAUAACAAAACAGCCUCACGAGUUCUUAGACCCCGAGGUGACGUCUUCAGGCGACCAACAGUCCAAAGAUUAAAAAUAUUCACUUGACAGCCGAGAAAAGCAGCAAAUCUGCAGAAAACAUUUAGCUGUUUUUGUUUAAUAAUGACUUAAAUGGUUUUGAGUCAUUAAACAGGACGUAUUUUAUAGUCCAGCCUUAACACUAAACUGUCAGUCACUCUGACCAGUCACCAUUUUUACAAUCACACAAAAGUUUGCCUUGUACGUUUGUCUGACAUGUUUAAACGUUACAUUUCAUUAUGUUUCAGUUCUUGGGACGACGCGUUGCUUUAGCGUUAGCAUUAGCUUUGGGCACAAAAACCGCUCGCUUCUUUUGAGUAUCUUGUAUUGGGAAAUGUCACUGAAAGUGUCUGUUUUAGUGGGCUGAAGUGGUCUUGACCGGUUUGCCAUUUGUCAAAAUGUUUUAUGAAUCUUAUUGCAGAAAUGUUGAUGUGCUACACUGAGGCUGGGCAGCAUCUCGACCGCAUAUUCAUGGUUAUUAUCAAAAUCCUCAGCAAUAUCAAAGUAUUUGGUUUAAAAUAUUGUGAUAUUUAAUGUUGUCCGUGUGCUCCCGCCCUAAAACGUACAAAUUUAACACAUCUGUGGUUUGUUCAGUGCCAACGUUUGUUGGGCGGAGCGUCAGGCCGUCCGUCGGUGUCCCCAGCACGACACGUGACCCACACCCACCAGCCGUCAAUCACCUCACGUGAUCACGGAGCUCGUAGUUUUACAGGCUCCCGCUGGUUCAGGUGACCGGUGGACCGCAGAGGCCGAAAACUCGGCCUGCGGUCACCUGAAGCCGGGAGUUCAAGAGCAGAAAUGUGAUGAAAAAUUUAUUUUUGUAAUUCUGACACCAAAGUCUUUGAUCCAGAGUCGUUUUAGGGACUGCUGUGUUUUAAU